AGAAAUGAAUGUAUUUUAAAAUAUUUGAAGCAAAGGGCAAAUGAAGCGUUCGUGCAUGCCUUCACCUUUAGUUAGUUGUGGAUUAGACAGCGCUGUGCUAUUCCUACCUUACUGUUACACUACACUCACUGACUCUGAACUACCAAGUGGAACGAAGAAUGUUAACUCGUAUGUUACAAAUGUUACAAUGUCCGUAUCCCUUUGAAGGACUAUCUUUAAUGUAUCCGUUUUGUACUCUCUUUUACGUCCUCUGAAAGUAUCUCGAUAUAGGUUAUUGUUUUUUAUUACACGGCUCAUUUGAAUGCUUGAUUCUGAUUGGCCAGUCGUGACACUCCAAGGGUUGUUAUUAUCAAAUAACAACCGCUCAAAACUAAUAACACCCUGUAACCCGGAUGCUGCAAAUCAUUUUGAGAGGGGCAGUUUAAUAUUACACAAAAAAUAAUUAUAAAUAUGUCUUUUAAUAACAUAUAUGACAUUAUAUUUACAAAUGAUUAAACCAAUUUGCCUGUUCGUGACGUUUGAACGUCGUUUCUUACUAUAACACCGAAAGUAAACGGCUUUUCCUCGCGGAAGGUCUGCAUUCGGUAAAAAUGAGCUAAUAAAAUAUUUCAAAUUCACAUUUUAUGUCCAAGUAGCCGUGUAAUAAGCGGUAUAAUGUACAAGCAGCCAGCUGUUAUCGCGAAAUAAGCCCCUUCAAUGUGAUACAAGGGAUGACAGUGUGCCUGAUCACACUGUCGGGGCUUAUUUCUGCGAUAACAACCGGCUGCCUGUAUGUCCCUUACGUAACUAUAGUCAAAGUGAACAAAGAGAGAGGAACAGAGGGUAAAGAUGGUUAUUUGACAAAUAACGGACCAUUUCAGCCAACAUUUUUGUCUGUUUUUUCGUAAUUUAAUUUACUUAAAGGCGCAGUUCUUGAUUAACAGCGGCCACUAGCGUUGUAUUACAGAUUUGCCACAAAUCACUCAGUCCAAACACGACGGUGGCUACCACAGUACAAAAAGAUGUCGUUCUCAUGUUGAAGCAGGGAAGAGAUUUUGCGGGCAUUAGAAAGACUGUAGAAAGAGUUAUGACUUAUGUAUUACAUAAAAUAAAAGGUUUGUGGAUUUUAAGUUUAAAAAGAAAGAUAAAAGUCAGGCAGGAGCUAGGACCUGUGUUAAUAUUAUAAAGACUUUACAGCAGACACGUUAGCAGAUAUGUACUCACAGAUAUCUAUGGAGAUACUUUCCAGCAGAGAGAGACGUUGGAGAGAAAGAUCGUCUAAGAAUCACCCUUGAGGAGGUUGCUUUGAUUCGGAUCAGUAUGUGAGUAACAUACUAACAUACAAAGAUAUGUUGUUGUUGUAAUAUUAGCUGUGUGACGGAGCAGUUUUGAGCGUCAUUGUUUAUCUGGAACCACUUUAAUAUUGUACUCGUCCAGAUACUUGAGAGAGAGAGUGAGAGCGCGUUGGAGCUGAAACUGGAGAGCGAGCGAGAGCGCGUUUUACUCUUUUACUCAAUGAUGAAUAAACUUUCAGUUAAUCCGCGGGUCACAUGCGUUCCGCACCGGAGAGCACGAUCCAUACGGAUCACGGAUCAUCCCGCGAUCUGCUUCACCACGAUACCGCAGCGGAGAGGAAGAGGAAACGCGCGUUGUAGAGUUGUUUGUCCGUUUAGGGCUGCUGUACAAAACAUGGCGGCGAAUUCAAUGUAUGUAGGCCCGCUCUGUAUGUAGAUAUAAAUAGCUUAUUCUAAGGUAUUACAAACAUAAUGGUUCAUCACGUAAGGUCUUUAUACACCUCUGAAGAAAUAGUUUUGUAUAUUAUAUUGUAUUUCUGUCAAUAGAUCCUCCUAAAAAUGCUGUAUUGUUCCUUUAAUUUAGUUAGUUUUGGGGUGUGACAAAUAAAAACAUUAAUAAAGGUAAAUUAAUAAAUGUUCAUCAUAAUUAUAAAGAGUAAUGCAGUUUAAAAUGGUGUGUUGCACUUAGAACCAUUUGUAUGAUAGGAGUUAUUGUAAUGUACGUUAAUACACUGAAUUAAAAGGAUAAUUCACACAAAACAUUUUCAUUUACUUACCAUCAUGUAACUCCAAACCUGACUUCUGCAGAACACAAGAAGAUAUUACGAAGAAUGUUAGUAACCAAACAACAUUGGCUUUUGUUGACUCCCAUUAUAUGGACACAAAACCACAGAGACAUUUCUCUAAAUAUCUUCUUAUCACAUGAGGACACAUGGAGCGUGUGUUGAGUUUAUGUGUGGGACCAGUGGCUGUCGGGACGGUCGGGCUCCUGAUCUUACUGAAAGUGGUCCAGAGACUGAGAGACAAGCAGAACGUGCAGGAUAAAGUUGUUGUGAUCACUGGAGCCAGCUCCGGCCUGGGCAAAGAAUGUGCACGACUGUUCCACGCUGCAGGGGCCCGACUAAUCCUGUGCGGACGGGACCAGAAGAGACUGCAGGAGGUUGUUGAUGAGCUGACAGCUAUACCUUGUGGAAAGAUGCAGACUUAUGCUCCAUGCACUGUCACCUUUGACCUCUCCAACACAGCUUUGGUUGCCAGGGCCGCUGAGGACAUUUUGAAGUGCCAUGGUCAUGUAGAUGUCCUCAUCAAUAAUGCAGGCAUUAGUUACCGUGGCAACAUUUUGGACACCCACGUCUCUGUUCAGCGAGAUGUCAUGGAGACCAAUUACUUCGGUCCUGUUGCUCUCACCCAAGCCAUUCUGCCAUCUAUGGUAGAUAGGCGCAGUGGACAUAUUGUAGUCAUCAGCAGUGUACAAGGAAAGAUCUCCAUACCAUAUAGAUCUGCAUAUGCAGCAUCUAAACAUGCAACGCAGGCCUACUUUGACUGUCUGAGGGCUGAGGUUGACAGGUUUGGCCUGCAGGUGUCUGUCAUCAGCCCUGGUUACAUCAGAACAAACCUGUCCAUCAAUGCAGUCACAGGGGACGGUUCCAAAUAUGGAGUGAUGGACAAAACCACAGCACAGGGGCGAGAUCCAGUGGACAUUGCACAUGCCAUUCUAAAGGCUGUCGGUCAUAGACAGAAAGAUGUUGUAUUAGCUGGGCCACUGCCUACUUUAGCCAUCUAUCUUCGUGCACUCUGGCCUACCCUCUUCUUCAAACUGAUGGCUUCGCGGGCUAAAAAAGAACACAAAUUUAAAGAAGAAUAAGUGAAAACAAUAUUGGGGAAAAGAAGGACUCCAAGAUAUCACGAGCUUGAAGUGUUUGUAUUUAAUAUUUAUUCAGUGAUUGGAUCACUGUCAAUUGCUCAGAUCCGUCCUUGCCUGUGAAUGAUGUACUACAUACUUAUUUCUCUGCAGUGGUGAUUUCCUGACAUGUUAUAAACACGAUUUUUCUAUCUAUAUGGCACAUUGAGCUUGCAAUUUAUGUUGCACUUGAUUGCCUACAGUUGUAAUGGUUGUAAAUCUGUGCAUACAAAUCAUACAAAUCACAAUUUUUAUUUGAAUUUCCAAUAUGUUGACUUUUAUUACUAAACAUUCCUUAUGCUCUGGUGCUCCUUAAAGGGAUAGUUCACCCACAAAUAAAAAUUCUGUCAUAAUUUACACAUACUAUAGUUGUUCCAAACCUGUAUACAUUUUUUUUGUUUGGUUGAACACAGAAAUAUAUAUUUAGACGAACGCUUGUAACCGAAGAGUUCUUGGUCACCAUUGACGUAGUAGGAAAAUUACAAUGGGCGUCAAAAGUGCCCCAGAACUGUUUGCUGUCCUACAUUCUUUCAAAUAUCUUAUUACAUUUACAUUUAGUCAUUUAGCAGACGCUUUAAUCGAAAGCGACUUACAAAUGAGGUAAACAAUGGAAGCAAUUGGAAAGCAAUUUUGUGUUCAACAAGACAUAAAAAUUAUAAAGUAAUUUUUCCUACUAUGGUAGUCAAUGGGGUCAAUGAACUGUUUCAUUAUAAACAUUCUUCCAAAUAUCUUUCUGUGUUCAUCAGAGCAAAGAUAUUUAUACAGAUUUGGAACAACUCGAAGGUGAGUAAAAUAUAUUUUUUAUUUUUGGGUGAACUGUCCCUUUAAUCUAACAUGGCAACUUAAAACAAUAAAAACAGAUACUGCAAGAGCA